CGGCUUUCGAGCGCUAUAAAGUUCCUCUUUCUCGCCUCGCAGUCUUAGUUUCACCACUUGAACUUGGACUUGGCACCCACUGCAGCCCUCGACUCCCAGUCCUGGGCGAGAGCGCCGCAAGUGCGGGGUCAGCGGAUCUGGGACGCGAGUGCACUGGGCAGUGAGCGGCACGCAAGCUGGGCAUGAACCUGGAGGGCGGCGGGCGCGGCGCUGAUUUCGGCAUGAGCGCAGUGAGCUGCGGCAACGGGAAACUCCGCCAGUGGCUCAUCGACCAAAUCGACAGCGGCAAGUACCCUGGCCUGGUGUGGGAGAACGAGGAAAAGAGCAUCUUCCGCAUCCCCUGGAAGCACGCGGGCAAGCAAGACUACAACCGCGAGGAGGACGCCGCCCUCUUCAAGGCCUGGGCGCUGUUUAAAGGCAAGUUCCGAGAAGGCAUUGAUAAACCAGACCCUCCCACUUGGAAGACGCGCUUACGCUGCGCCCUGAACAAGAGCAACGACUUCGAGGAGCUGGUGGAGAGGAGCCAGCUAGAUAUCUCGGAUCCCUACAAAGUGUACAGGAUUGUCCCCGAGGGCGCCAAGAAAGGAGCGAAGCAGCUCACCCUGGAGGACCCGCAGAUGACUAUGGGCCAUCCCUACACCAUGGCGACUCCCUACACCACGCUCCCAGCCCAGCAGAUUCAUAACUACAUGAUGCCGCCACCCCCGGAACGAAGCUGGAGGGAAUAUGUCCCCGAUCAGACACACCCAGAAAUCCCCUACCAGUGUGCCGGGACAUUUGGCCCCCGCAGCCACCACUGGCAGGGCCCAACCUGUGAAAAUGGUUGCCAGGUGACGGGAACCUUUUAUGCUUGUGCCCCACCUGAGUCCCAGGCUCCCGGAAUCCCCAUAGAGCCAAGCAUAAGGUCUGCCGAAGCCCUAGCGCUCUCAGACUGCCGCCUGCACAUCUGCCUCUACUACCGGGAAAUCUUGGUGAAGGAGCUGACCACGUCCAGCCCUGAGGGCUGCCGGAUCUCCCACGGACACACUUACGAUGCCAGCAACCUGGACCAGGUCCUGUUUCCUUACCCAGAGGACAAUGGCCAAAGGAAAAACAUUGAGAAGCUACUGAGCCACCUGGAGCGUGGCGUGGUCCUCUGGAUGGCCCCGGAUGGGCUCUAUGCCAAAAGACUGUGCCAGAGCAGGAUCUACUGGGACGGGCCCCUGGCGUUGUACAGUGACCGGCCCAACAAACUCGACAGAGAUCAGACAAGCAAGCUCUUCGAUACACAGCAGUUUUUAUCAGAGCUGCAAGCGUUUGCUCACCAUGGCCGUCCCCUGCCAAGAUUCCAGGUGACCCUGUGCUUUGGGGAGGAGUUCCCAGACCCUCAGCGGCAGAGGAAGCUCAUCACGGCUCACGUAGAACCGCUGCUAGCCAGACAACUCUACUAUUUUGCUCAGCAAAACAGUGGACAUUUCCUGAGGGGCUACGAUUUGUCUGAACACAUGAGCAGCCCAGAGGAUUAUCACAGAGCUAUCCGCCACUCUUCCAUUCAAGAAUGAACCAGCAUCCAGAAGAUUGUUGUAAAUAUUGGACGAAGACAGCUGACGGACAGUUUCUGUUUCCGAGUCACUCCGCCAUGAGACUACCCCCGCUCGACAGCUGAAAAUCGCAGCAGGAAUGGGGUGGGGAGUCAGUCCCAAGAUCGACAGAUGACUAUUCCCAAAGGAGAGCCAAUCUUCCAGCCAAUCUUCCACAAGUAGGCUUACGUCUGUGUCCUUGCAAACCUGCUAUUGCUGACCAUGACUGUGAAACCUGAGCCAGUGGUGUGUUUACAUGCACUUCCGUGCUGUUCUCUUCCUUCAGUGUAGGUUAGUUCUGCCCUCCAGACAAUAGUGUGUGUGUGUGUGUGCGUGUGUGUGUGUGUGUUGGUUUUGCCUGCUGACUCAGGGGAUUAAAGUGUGCAAGUGUUUGUCCCAUUUCUCAGGGAAGGAGAGAGUGAAUUGGAGAGUAGGCGGUGCCUUCCUGAAGUAGGUAUCCAUGCAUGGAAAAGCCGGCGACUGAGUGAAGGGAGCUGGGUCUUUGCUGAGUGUCUUCAGCUGGGGACUGACCCCUCUCCCCACUGGCCAAGGAUCCCCUCACCCCCAGCGUGGGUCCUCACCCAAACGCCCUUUUGCUGUCUCUCUUCUGCCUUCCCUGGAAGCCAGCUGGUAGACUCUGUUGCCAGAAAGCAUUAGGGUUGCUUUCGGACUAGAUAUUCUAGUGCUCAUGAACAAUAAGCAAUUUGUAUUUGUUGGUCCAUUUCUCCCAAUGCCCCCACUCCCUCAUUCCUGAGAAAGUAUCACUAAAAGGGUUUUCCUGAAAAGGGGCUCUGGACAGCCCCAAAUCAAUAGUGCAAGCAUGAAAGAGAGUUUGGAAACUCGGUGACAUU